AUGGCUGUUUUGGAACAGCAAGCUGCAGUAUCAUCAGGUCGCUUACUAAAACUCCCAUUCUCAACCAUAUAUGAGUAUCUUCAGAUGUUGCAGUUGAUUGCAACGGCACUGAAAGGUGACGGUCCAAAUUCAAUGUUUUAUCUUGCUGCUGCUGUAUCUGACUUUUAUGUGCCAUGGAAAAGCAUGACCGAACACAAAAUGCAAUCAGGAGCUGGUCCUUUGGACAUAAGCCUAGCUCAAGUCCCUAAAAUGCUUUCAGUCUUGAGAUCCAGUUGGGCUCCAGAGGCUUUUUGCAUAUCAUUCAAGCUUGAGACAGACUCAAAGAUUCUGAUAGAGAAGGCUACAACGGCUCUACAAAAAUACAAAGUGCAUGCGGUUGUAGCCAAUGAGCUGUUAACGCGUAAAGAGGAGGUGGUUGUUUCGAGCAGCGGUAAAGUUGUGGUGAGACGAAAUUGCGAUAAGCCUGAAUCCAUUGUUGAAGAUAACCUCAUUCCUCUUAUCGUAGAUCGACAUUCAACAUACAUCAAAGGAUUUCACGCUUAG